GCCCAGAUAGCAAGGACCUUUUUACAUUUGGCUGGAAGCUGACUUGUUAAGACUCCCAAACAAAUAUGGGCGUGGUACAAUCCACUUUUUUGAUUGGGUGUCAUCAGCCAUAGAGACUCAUUGGUUAAUUUUCGAGAAGGCGUUUUAAAAAGAAAAGAGGAAUUUACGUCCAUUGCGGCUCCAAACGAGAGCACUGGACGACACGAAGCUUAUUCACUUUCUCCCCAAAAUGGCCUCGAAAGGGAACCAGUUUCUUUCUGAGCGCUGUGUGGCUCGCAGAGCCUCCGUGGGCGGGCAGCUGCGACACUGGCAGACAGUCACAUGAUUCGCGCAAAGCCCAGCUGCCCAAUUCCAAUAUGGUGGCCAGCUUGGCAGACCUACGGUUCUUGUUGAUGAUAUUAUUGCUCUGCUGGAGGAUCAGGGACGGCGCCUGCACCCAGCAAGCCCCGUGGGUUCUGGGGCUGCGACUGGAGGACCCAGAAGGCCAGGUGUAUAUGAAGGAGCGGAUCAUCUCUGCGCCGCAAGGGGCCAGUUUCAAGCUUCGGCUGUUCGGUUGGGAUCUAAAUGGGACCUGGCCGUGGGUGGCGUUCGCUGGAACAAGACAGGAGGAGACCGGGGUGGUGGAGGAUGCAGCUGACCCGUGCGAGCAAGAGACCCGCCGUGUCUCCGCCGCCUUCCAGGUCACCGGGGAGUUCACAGCGGACGAGGAGUACAGCGGGUUGAUAACGGUACAGACGCUGGACAAGAGCAGCAUCUCUCCCGCUGCAUCCUCCACGGGAGGAGGGGAUGAUGCCAACCCUACCUACCACCACCACCACCUGUGCGUGCUGAAGAACGGAAGCUGGGUUUCGGUGGGACCGGACAGGUUGCAGAUCAACAACGACGCAGGUCUCCCGGCAGACUACAUCCCUCCGUGGGGUAUGGCGGUGCUGAUCGUGCUGCUGAUCCUGGUGUGCGGGGUACUGAGGAGUGUGAACCUCAGCCUGUUGUGGCUGGACCCCCUGGACCUCUACGUUUUCCACAGCUGCGGCUCCGAGGAGGACAAACGGGUCGCCAAGCGCCUCGAGCCAAUCCGGAGACGAGGCAACUGCCUGGUGUGUUCUCUGCUGUUCCUGUGCGCUCUGGGCCACUCAGUUCUCGGUGUGCUACUCUACAGGGUCCUGGGUUCCAUAGCGCCCGCCGUCUUCACCAGCGGGUUCCUCAUCUUCCUGGUGUCAGAGCUUGUUCCCCACAUAGUGUGUUCCGGCUACGGCUUCCAGCUUGCCCCAGGCUUCACCUGGCUGGCACAGGUGUGUAUGGUGCUGACGUGCCCACUGUCGUGCCCGCUGGGCCUGGUGCUGGAUCUGGUGUUGAGACGUGACAUCAGCACCUGCGGUGUGAGGGAGAGGGCUAUGGAGAUGAUCCGUACCAACGUCAAUGAUCCCUACAGUGAGUUUGUGAAGGAGGAGUUUAGCCGUGGUGCACUGCGCAGGAAGACCGUGGAGGACAUCCUGACUCCACUGAACGACUGUUUCAUGCUGCCGUCCACCGCUGUGCUGGACUUCACCACCAUGUCAGAGAUCAUGCAGAGUGGAUACACACGAGUCCCCAUCUAUGAAGAGGAGAAGUCCAACAUUGUGGAGAUCUUGUUCGUGAAGGACCUGGCUCUGGUCGAUCCUGACGACUGUACUCCCAUGACGACCAUCACCAAGUUCUACAAUCACCCACUGCACUUUGUCUUCAAUGACACUAAACUGGACGCCAUGCUGGAGGAGUUCAAGAAAGGAAACUCUGCCCUGGCCAUCGUUCAGAAGGUGAACAACGAGGGGGAGGGGGAUCCCUUCUACGAGGUGCUGGGAUUGGUCACCUUGGAGGAUGUCAUCGAGGAGAUCAUCAAAUCAGAGAUCCUGGAUGAGUCAGACGGCUACAUGGACAUGAAGGUGAAGCGUCCCAUGGCCCCUCUGGAGAUUCCUCUGGAACCUCGCAGUGUCCACCAAGAGUUCUCUCUGUUCAAACUCCCAGAGGGAGAACCCAAGAUCCGCACCUCACCUCAGCUACUGCUGGCCACACACCGCUUCCUCUCCAGAGAGGUAGAGCACUUCAGUCCAGCCCGCGUGUCAGAGAAGGUGUUGUUCCACCUGCUCCGUCACCCCAGUGUCAACCAGGAAGUUCACUUUGACCCCUCCAACCGCCUGAGCCCCGACCAUUACCUCUACACACGCAACCACCCUGUAGACUACUUCAUACUGCUACUACAGGGGCGUGUGGAGGUUGAAAUCGGUAAAGAGGGCUUGAAGUUUGAAAACGGAGCGUUCACAUACUACGGUGUGUCUGCACUCACAGCGCCAACCUCAGUGCACCAGUCUCCAGUUUCGACCCAGCGUCGUCCUCCCAGGGAUCCAUUUGAGAUGGGAGAUGCCACCAGCCCGUCCAGCUACUGUCCUGACUACACCGUCCACGCCCUCACUGAUCUGCAGCUCAUACGGGUGACUCGGAUGCAGUACCUGAAUGCUUUGAUGGCGUCGCGUGUUGGCCAGAGUCCAGAAUCUCCUGAGAUCAAGAUCCUGCCUAACAGUCAGACCAAGCUGCUCAACGAGAGGAACACUGUCACACAAGAGUUCCCUGUAAACUUUUCCUUUUUUGACACCAUUGAGAACUACUGUUAGUGUUUUCUGUGUGCAUGAGGACACCCACAGGAGGUAAAGACUGCAUGUCUGUUGACAAAAAGAAACAAGCACUAAAAUGUGUCCAUUGCAUUGAAUGUCAAUGUCAAAGAGCAUAUUGUGAUGUCACAGGGUGGCAUUGUGAUGUCAUAGUGGGCUGCAUUGUAACCUACUAAUCGGUGGCAUUAUGUCAUUGUGUGAUGUCAUCUCCCCACUCACGGCCUCCCCCUCUCUCUCAUUGGCUGGGUUCCACAGGUGGCAGUAAAUCCCAGGAAAGUUCAACGGAAGAGGAGGCUCAUGGGUAAUGAAGUUCUCUCUGUCAGAACUAUGUGUUACUCAGACAACCAACAAGGAGGCUUUUUAAAAAAGAUCUAUAUUUUUAUCAGUGAAUCUCUUAUCUCUGGAAUGCAGUGAUUGGACCUGGCUGGAGUGAGCAUCUGUGUGAGUGGUGUGUGUGGCUACUGCACUAUCCUCAGCCGUUUUCCUCAUUCAUUGUACGUUUCACAUUCAUGCCAAUCGUGUGUGUGUGUGUGUGUGUGUGUGUGUGCACCUCUCCUCCCUGUUGUAAAUUAGCCUCCUUUGCCUAAAAGUUACAUUGCCUGUUCCUUCAUUAUUAGCCUAUCUGUGUGCCAAAGCAACUCACGUCAACCCCCUGUGUGUGUUGUCACAACCCGUCCAUCCAAGCAUUAGACACAGGUUGGUCAAAAAAAGCCCUUUUUCACAGAAAUGUGUACACCGCUUUUGGUGAUUUGCUUUAGCUGUUUGAUUAUACGUCCAUAUUUUAUUUGAUACACUCCCAUUAGGUCUAGAUAGACAAAUAUGUAUUUGAAAAUGUUCAUACUAUCCCUUUAAGAGAGCUGAUGCAACGCUUGUGUCCAUUCCUUUGCACAGUCAAUGUUUAGCUUCAGGUCUGAGCUGUGUGUGUGUGUGUGUGUGUGCGUGUGCGUGCCCUCUCCCAUUUGACCUCUCUUACGGCGUGCCAACUCUGACCCAGUCUGCUUUCAUGCAUUCCUUUUGUUUGGCCAAGUUGCCAUAGAGACAAUCACAAUCCCCUUUAUUUACCCAGACACCAUACAGAAUAGAUAAAACAGACACAAGUCCACAUAAACACCAUACAGAAUAGACAAUGUGUUUGUGUCUGUCACAUCUAAAGCACCUUGUUGAUUUUCUCAUCCUUGACAGCCGAGUAGGUUGAGUUCCAUUAACAUUCCACACACACACAGAAGUUGUGUGUGUGUGUGUGUGUGUGUGUGUGUGUGUGUGUGUGUGUGAGAGAGACUCUUUCAGGAAACUCAAUUUCCCAUGUUGCAGUGUAACUACACAUGUGUGCAGGGAAUACAUAUGUUACCCAGUGCCCUGUGGAGACAGGAAACGCCUAGAUAAAGGCCUGGUCCAGAAUCAACCCCUUGGUCCUUCCCCUAACACCUUCCCCUGGCCCCUAGUUGUCUACCCUUUGCUCCUAGGCCCUAGCCCUUAGUGUAAACAGGUCUGAUGAAAAGGUGAUGGCAGCACCCAUCUGGUUCUUUCAGAUCUGCUAACAUAGGGGUUUGGAAUGGAGAUUGGAGUCUUUGGCGUGGACCAGAGACUCUACCAGGGUUAAAUUUAUUAGUGCACACUGUAGCAAAAUGUUUUGAAACGGAAAACAAAAAUAAAUUGGACAAGUAUUGUCCUUAUUGGACAAGUCUAGGUAGUCCCUCCCUGUUUCAGUACGUUUUCUUCCGUUUGGUGCUUAAUGAAUACGACCCAUGUUUCCCAGCAACCAUGAUAGGGGUUGCCUAUUUUGGCGGCCAUCUUGGUUACCUCAGUCGUUCUCCACCCCAUAAAGCGUUUUUUUAGUUGAUCUAAUUACAGACAUACACUAAUUAAUGACAUGCUAAGACAAGGGAUUAACUAUGUGAUUCAAAGUAAAUAUUUCCCAGCUGUUUUAACAAUAUUGUACUGUUGAUUAUGUUUCAAGUCCAUUUAUAUUGUAUUAAAAGACAAUGUAUAUUGUAAAAAGGUCAUCAUUACUUAUGCUACUUAUAUUGUUUGGGAGAAAUGUUGGGUUUUUUGAUGGGGGUAAAAAACGGUAUAUUAAUAUAUAUAUAUAUAUAUAUAUGCUUAUCUAGAGAGAAUAUGAAUCAAGGAUGCAGAUUUAAACUCGUAGUUUUCAGGUACAAAUGUAGAAUACUGUUACCAUGAUGAUGAGAACCGGACCAGCGCUAGUUUCUCUCCAGGAAUUUUUUGUAUAGAUUUUUUUCCCAAUUCUUCUCUGGAAGCUGAGAGUUGUGUGUGCAGAGAACAUUGCAUUGAACUAUUUCAAUAUCUGCUGUUUGUUAGUAAAUAAACCCAGUCCUUGUAUA